AUCGCCAAUCUUAAUAGCAACUAAUAAACACCAUAGACACCACCAUACACCUACAAAACACGGAUAUAUCCAAUAAAAUGUUACACAUACCCCGCGGCCUCGUUAUACGAGACGACUCAUGCUCAGUGUUUGAAGGUGCCUCGACAGUCAAUCUUAUCUUUCUGAUCUUGAUAACAUUAGGGAUUUUUAUCAGUUAUCUUCCACAAUACCAUCGGAUAUACUCCAAAAGAACGUCAGAAGGUUUGUCAACCAACUUUUUGCUUUUGGGAUCGUGUUCCUCCAUCUUCACCCUAACGAAUAUCAUUUUAGUAUCUUCCAAAGCCAGACACUGCUGUGCCACCGGAGCACUCAACACCUUUAACUGUAUCAAUUCACAACUCAACUUGGUCCAAAUCGGAUUGCAGUGCACUUGUGCCAUAUUGAUUCUAGUUUUUGUGCUUAUCUUGACACAAAACUCGUUGAAACAGGAUAAACACGAGUACCAACGUAUAGUGCAAGUCGGUAAACUCGUAGCUUUACAUGGAGUAGUUUCGAUUGUUCAGAUAGUAGUAGGUCUCUAUUCAGACAAGUCGGUGCUCUACUCAAUUGCCAGCAUCAAUGGAUUGUUGUCGACGUUGUUAACGGUGAUCAAGUAUGUGCCCCAAAUCUACACUACUUACACCUUGAAGCACCCAGGUACGUUGUCGAUAGGAAUGAUGUGUAUCCAGACUCCUGGUGGGUUUGUAUUCACUGCCACAUUGUUCUUCACCAAGGGCUCGCAUUGGAGUUCGUGGGUGUCGUACUUGGUCGCUGCUCUGCUUCAGGGUGUUUUGUUGGCUAUGUGUUUGUACUAUGAGUACUUCCACAAUAAGGGACAGGAUGCGGAGUUGGCUGAGCGUUUAGCAGUAGAGAGAAUCAUCGCCGAAAACCUCCAGGAGCAGGAAAUCGACGGUGAAGAGGCAGCUCCGUUGUUGUAG